CUUCCAGCGCCGGGUCGUAAGUCGCCCAGGACUGGUAGAAAAACGCCUUCUCUGGCGUCCUAGGUGCUCAGUGAACACAGAGACCCAGAGGAGGGCAAGCUGGCUGUAGAGUUAGCCACGAAGACACUAAAGUCCAGCCGGGAGAGUGAUUCUUGACCCUUGAGGUUAUCUGGCUGUUUUUUUGUUCUUGUGUGAUUUCUGACAUAGCAAGAACUAUGUCAUGGAUCAAAGAAGGAGAGCUGUCACUUUGGGAACGGUUCUGUGCCAAUAUCAUAAAGGUUGGCCCAGUGCCCAAACACAUUGCAUUCAUAAUGGAUGGCAACCGUCGCUAUGCCAAGAAGUGCCAGGUGGAGCGACAGGAGGGCCACACGCAGGGCUUCAAUAAGCUUGCUGAGACUCUGCGCUGGUGUUUGAACCUGGGCAUCCUAGAAGUGACUGUCUAUGCAUUCAGCAUUGAGAACUUCAAACGUUCCAAGAGUGAGGUUGACGGGCUCCUGGAUCUAGCCCGACAGAAGUUCAGCUGCUUGAUGGAAGAACAGGAGAAGCUGAAGAAGCACGGGGUGUGCAUCCGAGUCCUGGGCGAUCUGCACCUGCUGCCCUUGGACCUCCAGAAGAAGAUUGCACAGGCUGUCCAGGCUACCAAGAACUACAACAAGUGUUUCCUCAACGUCUGCUUUGCAUACACGUCACGUCACGAGAUCACCAAUGCCGUGAGAGAGAUGGCCUGGGGUGUGGAACAAGGUCUGCUGGAACCCAGUGAUGUUUCCGAGUCUCUGCUUGAUCAGUGCCUCUAUAGCAACCACUCUCCUCAGCCCGACAUCUUGAUCCGGACUUCCGGGGAAGUGCGGCUCAGUGACUUCUUGCUCUGGCAGACCUCCCACUCCUGCCUCGUGUUCCAGCCCGUCCUGUGGCCAGAAUACACAUUUUGGAACCUCUGUGAGGCAAUCCUGCAGUUUCAGAUGAACCAUAGUGCACUUCAGCAGAAGGCCCGAGACAUGUAUGCUGAGGAACGGAAGAGGCACCAGCUGGAGAGGGACCAGGCGGCAGUGACAGAGCAGCUGCUUCGAGAGGGGCUCCAGGCCAAUGGGGAUGCCCAACUCCGACGGACACGCUUGCACAAACUCUCCGCCAAACGGGAAGAGCGAGUGCGAGGCUUCCUGCAGGCCUUGAACCUUAAGCGGGCUGACUGGCUGGCACUUUGGGGCACUGCAUCUGCCUAAGUGAGGAGUCUGACUACCAGGCACUUUGCCCUGUCCUCUGCCCUCGGGCCCCCCCGCUCUUCCUUUCCCUUUCUUUUCUUUCUUUGGGAAAGGCACCUCCCUGUUUUUGUUGAAUUGGGCUCCCUGUUCUGCAGGGAACCCCAAAGGCAAGUUCUGCUGCCUAUAGAUACCUUUGGGCAACCUGUGAGAGUUACUCUUGAAGUUUGAGAUACAAUCUCUACUGUGUACACUAAAUCCAAGUCCAGCCACUAAUACAUUCGGGGAACAGGAGACCCUAACUCUUAGCUACCUACUGUCCCUGGUUGUGGAUGCAUGUUCUUUUUCCACCAGCAUAUCCUUCAAUGAGCCGAAGAGAUCUUCGCAAAGCCUAGGCCUUUACCCAUCCUAAGCUCUCCCCGUGUGACUCCCACAAAAGAUUUGGAUCUACUGGUAAAUUUUAACUGAUAGGCAGCCAACAUUAUUGGGCAGGGAAGAAAGGGGUGGGGAGGACAGGAAGAAAAUGUGCCCAUCUGCUGCUCCUCCCCUUGGCUUUCCACCUGGGAUUUGCUUUUGAGUCUCCUUCACCCCCUCCCACUCCCAGUGCUGAUUGCUCACUGAAAGGCUCGUGGAAGGCAGGCGGGUGAUUACAAUCCAAUUACCUAUUGUUGACUCAGCCCACACAAGCUUUACUCCCCCAUGCAGGGCACAGGGCCAGGCUCCACUCCCCUGUGAGACCCAACCCCCUCCAUGACUACAGACAGUGGCAGAAGGGCUGUAGAGGUCCUAGAGUCUAAUCCAACACAGGCCAUUUUGUAUUUAACACAUCAGGACUGAACAAAACCAAGCAUUUCACAGUU